AUGGUGAGAUGCUACAAAGCUUUAUCUAACCCUCCACCCUCUUGCUACAACCUCCGCAAAGUUAAAAUUCAUGUCCGGAGGCUGCGUUCAGGGAACGGCGGCAGCAGCAGCUGUGCCGGGGACCAGCACCCACAGCUGGAGAGUCCAGGCCCAGCUGGCUCUGCUGCUGGGACACCAAGUAGGAGAACCCGUUUCAGGUUGCAAUUCCCCCAGCUGGCCCUGAGGCGAAGGUUGGGCCAGCUGAGCUGUAUGUCUAGGCCUGCUCUGAAACUCCGUUCUUGGCCUCUGACUAUUCUCUAUUACCUUCUGCCUUUCGGUGCUCUUAAACCCUUGACCAGAGUGGGAUGGAGGCCUAUGAGCAGGGUUGCCCUGUACAAGUCGGUGCCAACGCGGCUGCUGUCCCGAGCCUGGGGUCGCCUGAACCAGGUGGAGCUGCCCACGUGGCUGCGGAAGCCGGUGUACAGCCUGUACAUCUGGACCUUCGGGGUGAACAUGAAGGAGGCAGCUGUGGAGGACCUGCAUCACUACAGGAACCUCAGCGAGUUCUUCCGCAGGAAGCUGAAGCCACAGGCGCGGCCCGUGUGCUGCGUGCACAGUGUGAUUAGUCCCUCUGAUGGAAAGAUCCUUAAUUUCGGACAGGUAAAAAAUUGUGAAGUGGAGCAAGUAAAAGGGGUUACUUAUUCUCUGGAAUCUUUCUUGGGACCUCGCAUCUCCACAGAGGAAAUGCAUUUUAGCCAGGCCCCACCUGACAACUCUUUUCAGAAACAACUGGUCACAAAGGAGGGGAAUGAGCUCUACCACUGUGUAAUUUACCUUGCACCAGGGGAUUAUCACUGCUUCCACUCGCCCACCGACUGGACAGUGUCCCACCGACGGCAUUUCCCAGGUUCUCUGAUGUCUGUCAAUCCUGGAGUUGCUCGCUGGAUCAAGGAACUGUUCUGCCACAAUGAACGGGUUGUCCUUACAGGUGACUGGAAACAUGGCUUCUUCUCAUUAACAGCUGUAGGAGCAACAAACGUGGGCUCCAUCCGCAUCUACUUUGACCAGGACUUGCACACAAACAGUCCAAGUUACUCUAAAGGUUCCUACAAUGACUUCAGCUUCAUAUCCAACAACAACAAGGAGGGAAUCCCCAUGAGGAAAGGGGAACAUUUAGGGGAAUUUAACUUAGGCUCUACGAUCGUACUAAUCUUUGAGGCACCCAAGGACUUCAGAUUCAACCUCAAAGCUGGACAGAAAAUCCGCUUUGGAGAAGCACUGGGCUCUCUAUAGGAACUCUCUCAGCAAGAAGAUUUUCUAUAAAAAGGGACUCUUCACACCACUGUUUCACUUAUCAAGUUUGUAUCACUCAGCAGGACCUGGGUGAGGAGGAAGAUGUCACUGCUGCAUUAAACUUGAAAGUAUUUGGUCUACAUUUACCUGCUGCUGAAUGUAGAAACUGAAUUGAAUGAUCAUGGAUGUAUCGGGUACAGCUGCCUUUAAAGAUGUUGCCCAUGGUGGUUUCAGGCCCACCCUGUGCCUGUAGUCUUUCAUGUUCUCCCCUGAAUGUGCCACAGGAUAAUUAUGUUCUUAGAGCCUCUAAGUCCCUUUUAAGCCUUCCUAGGCAGGUGCAGUGGGAAAGGGUAGAGAUUACCUAUAUUUAAAGGGACACUGACAGGCUGAGUCAGACCUUGUACCUUCUAUCUACAGUAUCUGUUUUUCAGACCUUGAGUAAAGAAUAUAUUCUCAUCUUUAUUUUAUUCUAAGAAACUCCACCCAAUUGCUAGAUAAAAGCAGUCUCUCAAUUCACAGGUGGCCAAACAGUGAAAUUUGCUGGUGUGGCUUCAUGGCCCAAACAAAGCAAUAUGUUUAACAGUCAGUCAGUACAAUGAGUGACACUCAUCCCUCAUCCUGAGUUUUGUACUAUUAGACAACUUUAGUUCUUUUGUCUGACAUUGUCCCUUUAAAAAUGGGCUUUUGACUGUAUUUUAAACCUGAAAACAGUGUCUACAUUCCAGACAACAGAACUUGUCAUAUUGCGAUUUUCUUUCUUUCUUAUUUUUUUUAAAGACAGACAAAGCUCUGUGUCCUCUUCCUAAUCCAUUGUUUUGUUUGUUUUAUUUUGUUACUCCAGGCCUUAAAGUUUUUGUCUUUAUGAAAGACAGUUAACAUCAUCUCUUGGAUUAAGGAGUUAGAAGACACAGGGCAUAUUUUUGCUGGGUGAUGUGAUGGCAACUAAAGUAUGCUUUUUCUUUCUGCUAUGUAUCUUGUUACUUUAUCACUAAAUUAUUGAAGAAUUAGUUCCUCUGUUAAAGGACAGCUUCAGCUACUUCAGGACCAAUUUUUAUUGUAGAGAGUGAAAUGCCCUAUGCCUAUGCACUGACUGUGUUUAAAAUAUUUAUGGCUUUUUAAAGAAAUCCCAUGUUGCUUCCCAGGUACCAGUCUGGCCCUCCCUUGACUGGGCAACAACUUCAUCUUAUUCAAAAUACAAAACAAAAAACCACACUGGCUCUGACUUGUACCCUCAUACUUAAUGCUAGGAAUGUGCUGGGGGCUGAAAUCUGUGCUGUAAAAUUUUAAAGCCUCUUUGUGACUUCACAUCAAGAAGAGUUAAAAUCUAACACCUUGGAUCUACUGCAUGUGGCACUGAUAAAAACCACUGCCAGAGUGAAGAGGAAUUGAGUUUUAAAGCGAUGUAUACAUUGUUUGUUGAGAAUAAACUGUUUCAAGUCCCAGCACUCAAACACUUAGAACUGAUUUUGCUAUCCAGAGCUUGUUGGAGUGGACACACUUAUGAAACCUGCCUUUGUGCUUUCUGAAAGAUUUCUCCUAUUACUUCCUUGCUUGAGCUCUUUUCUGCUACUUCAAGGAGAUGAGAGGCUUUGACGAGCUCUGAUCUCCUAAAGAAACCCUUUUUUGUAUGCACUGCAGAAGACAGAAUAUAAUUUUGUUGUACAAAUGUCCAGUUUGCCAAGUCCUGUAUGCUUAGCUUGUCAUCGGCAAGGAAGGGACGAUAAACUGCCUCUAAGUGAUGCAUCCCAGGCAUGAGUCAGAUGAGGGUGGCUGUUUGGGUGACAAGCAGGAGAAAAUUCAUUUGGCUCCAGGAGUCAGUGUUUCCUCACUUUACACAGGGAGGAGUUUGAAAGCUUGAAGUGGCUCUCAGCCACCUAUCUUGUUAAAAUUCUUGGUAUUAGCAAGUUUACUCCUGCAGCAGUAUGGUAUCAGAUAAAAGUCUUUUUAAAUCUUUGAGAAUGAGAAAAGAUAAAGGCAAAUAUCAGCACCAAGAGGAUAAAGUUAGGUUCAGCUUUUUGAUUCAAUUUCAAUGUCAUGUUAACAAGAGAAAGCAAAUUUGUUCCAGUGGAUGAGAGAAAAAGACAACUGAAUAUUUUCUUUCUUUUCCACUGAGGUCUGUGACAUCCAGACAGAGCCAAAGGAAGUUUAAGCUUUAAUUUCUUCCUACUCAGCAGCAUCAUCUAUAGUAUGUGAAGGUAAAUAUUAGCCUAGUGAUGGAGGAUGAGUUGCUUGAUGUUUGCUUUAUUAGAAAUCUCAGAAGAGAGGAUUCAGCAUGCAAGUGGCUGUUGUUAUGAUGGUUUUAAUACUGUGCAGAGCAAGCUAAUAAACCAACAUUGCUUGUGAUGCAGGGGCCAGCAAUGCACCCCAGGAGUGAAAAAGUUCCUCGAGGGUACUGAUAAUGCUGUGAAUUUCUCCUGCAUGGAGAAUCCGUUUAAUUCAACUGUAUCAGUAGCACGGUAUUUUUGUAUGUCAAAGUGUAUGACUUACUGACAUGAACUCAUUUAAUUGCAAACAUUUUGAAAUAAAGAGUCUUAUCUGUGUUGCUUA